GUUCUCCAGGAGUGCCCUGGGUCUGGACUUCAUUUCCCAGAGUCCCUUAGUGCCCUAAUGUAUUCAGUGCUCAGAGUGCCUGUAUGUGUGUGAGUGUGAGAGAAUGUGUGCGUGCGUGUGUGUGUGCGCGCGUGUGUGUGUCUCCGAGUCCCUGGGAGAGUGGAGGCUCAUUCACUGAUUAGAUCCAGCGCUGAGAGGCAGCACUGCUCCUUCUCUCACGCCAACCGAGUCUCUUGAUCUGUACAUGCAAUCCCAGGCAGCUCGCGAACACAAACCCGGGGCCAGCCGCCUACUGCUGCUGCUGCCGCUGCCGCCGCCGCCGCCGCCGCUGCCUCCGCCGGCUCUGCGAACCCGGGACUUUUCAUGCACCACACUCUCCGCCUGCUUCCCUCCGUGUCCUGAAAAGUGCGACCGUUCUCCCAAGGAAUUUCCACGGUCUUAGGAGGGAAUGUUUCCCCAGUAAUAUUCCCUGCCCUGACCCAAAGUGCUGGUUGGCCUCCCUCCCAGGGAAGACUGCUUCUUGUGUAACGCCGGCCACAGAAAGAGACUCCGAUGGACUUACACCGGGCAGCCUUCAAGAUGGAGAACUCAUCCUACCUUCCCAACCCUCUGGCAUCCCCAGCACUGAUGGUCCUGGCAUCCACGGCUGAGGCCAGCCGUGAUGCUUCCAUCCCUUGUCAGCAGCCACGACCCUUUGGUGUACCUGUCUCAGUUGACAAGGACGUGCAUAUUCCUUUCACCAACGGUUCCUAUACCUUUGCCUCUAUGUACCAUCGGCAAGGUGGGGUGCCAGGCACUUUUGCCAAUCGUGAUUUCCCCCCUUCUCUACUACACCUCCACCCUCAAUUUGCUCCCCCAAAUCUAGAUUGCACCCCAAUCAGUAUGCUGAAUCAUAGUGGUGUGGGGGCUUUCCGGCCCUUUGCCUCCACCGAGGACCGGGAGAGCUAUCAGUCAGCCUUUACGCCAGCCAAGCGACUUAAGAACUGCCAUGACACAGAGUCUCCCCACUUGCGCUUCUCAGAUGCAGAUGGCAAGGAAUAUGACUUUGGGACACAGCUGCCAUCUAGCUCCCCCGGUUCACUAAAGGUUGAUGACACUGGGAAGAAGAUUUUUGCUGUCUCUGGCCUCAUUUCUGAUCGGGAAGCCUCAUCUAGCCCAGAGGAUCGGAAUGACAGAUGUAAGAAGAAAGCAGCGGCAUUGUUCGACAGCCAGGCCCCAAUUUGCCCCAUCUGCCAGGUCCUGCUGAGGCCCAGUGAGCUGCAGGAGCAUAUGGAGCAGGAACUGGAGCAGCUAGCCCAACUGCCCUCGAGCAAGAAUUCCCUUCUGAAGGAUGCCAUGGCUCCAGGCACCCCCAAGUCCCUCCUGUUGUCUGCUUCCAUCAAGAGGGAAGGAGAGUCUCCAACGGCAUCACCCCACUCAUCUGCCACCGAUGACCUCCACCAUUCAGACAGAUACCAGACCUUUCUGCGAGUACGAGCCAACCGGCAGACCCGACUGAAUGCUCGGAUUGGGAAAAUGAAACGGAGGAAGCAAGAUGAAGGGCAGAGGGAAGGCUCCUGCAUGGCUGAGGAUGAUGCUGUGGACAUCGAGCAUGAGAACAACAACCGCUUUGAGGAGUAUGAGUGGUGUGGACAGAAGCGGAUACGGGCCACCACUCUCCUGGAAGGUGGCUUCCGAGGCUCUGGCUUCAUCAUGUGCAGCGGCAAAGAGAACCCGGACAGUGAUGCUGACUUGGAUGUGGAUGGGGAUGACACUCUGGAGUAUGGGAAGCCACAAUACACGGAGGCUGAUGUCAUCCCCUGCACAGGCGAGGAGCCUGGUGAAGCCAAGGAGAGAGAGGCACUUCGGGGCGCAGUCCUAAAUGGCGGCCCUCCCAGCACGCGCAUCACACCUGAGUUCUCUAAAUGGGCCAGUGAUGAGAUGCCAUCCACCAGCAAUGGUGAAAGCAGCAAGCAGGAGGCCAUGCAGAAGACCUGCAAGAACAGCGACAUCGAGAAAAUCACCGAAGAUUCAGCUGUGACCACGUUUGAGGCUCUGAAGGCUCGGGUCAGAGAACUUGAACGGCAGCUAUCUCGUGGGGACCGUUACAAAUGCCUCAUCUGCAUGGACUCGUACUCGAUGCCCCUAACGUCCAUUCAGUGUUGGCACGUGCACUGCGAGGAGUGCUGGCUGCGGACCCUGGGUGCCAAGAAGCUCUGCCCUCAGUGCAACACGAUCACAGCGCCCGGAGACCUGCGGAGGAUCUACUUGUGAGCUAUCUGCCCCAGGCAGGCCUCGCCUCCAGCAGCCCCACCUGCCCCCAGCCUCUGUGACAGUGACCGUCUCCCUUUGUACAUACUUGCACACAGGUUCCCCAUGUACAUACAUGCACAUACUCAAACAUGCUUACACACACACACAUUUACACACGCAGGACUCUGGAGCCAGAGUAGAGGCUGUGGCCCAGGCACUACCUGCUGGCUCCCACCUAUGGUUUGGGGGCCAUACCUGUUCCAGCUCUGUUCCCAGGGUGGGGCAGGGAGGUGGGGGUUGGGGGAGUAGUGGGGCACGGCUCCUAAGAUCCAGCCCCCAUACUGACAGAUGGACAGACAGACAUGCAAACACCAGACUGAAGCACAUGUAAUAUAGACCGUGUAUGUUUACAAUGUUGUGUAUAAAUGGGACAACUCCUCGCCCUCUACCUGUCCCCUCCCCCUUUGGUUGUAUGAUUUUCUUCUUUUUUAAGAACCCCUGGAAGCAGUGCCUCCUUCAGGGUUGGCUGGGGGCUCGGCCCAUCCACCUCUUGGGGGACCUGCCUCUCUCUCUCCUGUGGUGUCCCUUCCCUCUCCCAUGUGCUCGGUGUUCAGUGGUGUAUAUUUCUUCUCCCAGACAUGGGGCACACGCCCCAAGGGACAUGAUCCUCUCCUUAGUCUUAGCUCAUGGGGCUCUUUAUAAGGAGUUGGGGGGGUAGAGGCAGGAAAUGGGAACCGAGCUGAAGCAGAGGCUGAGUUAGGGGGCUAGAGGACAGUGCUCCUGGCCACCCAGCCUCUGCUGAGAACCAUUCCUGGGAUUAGAGCUGCCUUUCCCAGGGAAAAAGUGUCGUCUCCCCGACCCUCCCGUGGGCCCUAUGGUGUGAUGCUGUGUCUGUAUAUUCUAUACAAAGGUACUUGUCCUUUCCCUUUGUAAACUACAUUUGACAUGGAUUAAACCAGUAUAAACAGUU